UAAUUGUUUACCAGCCAUCACAAGUACAGUAGUAUAUCAGCCUGAGUAUUAUUGUUUACCAGCCAUCACAAGUACAGUAAUACAGUAUAUCAGCCUGAGUAUAAUUGCUUACUGUUCAUUAGAUGAACUAUACACAUAACAAUAGUGUACAAUAUAUAUUUUUGUACACUUCCCUGUUGAGUGUUUUUUAGUGUAUUUUGUAAGUCAUAAACAGUGUUUGUUAAUGACAAGUAUAGUUAUAUGUGUAACUCAUUCUUUACACCAUUUUUCACAUUUAGUUCAAAGAGGUAUAGAGGAACCUUGUUAAUAAUGGUGUAGUCACAUCACAAACUGGAUCUUCCAUCACACUUACCUCCUCACUGUUCUCCCAUCUCAGCAUCAUUACAUCAGUGUCAGUAAAUCACAUUCACUAAUUGAUUUAUGUUUCAGUUUUCAUUGUCAAAUAUAAUUAACAAGACAUUAAUAGUUCUUGUACGAGGAAACAGUUUGCCAGUUAAGUGUCACUAAAACCUUUGAACACACAAUACACACAGUUUUAUAAUGGAAAGUCACUCAGAGGAACAGUCAGAGUCUCCCAGAGAAUUGUCUGUAAAAUCACAUCAAGUAACACAUGUGAAAGAUCAUACAAGAGAGAAGCCAUUUGAGUGUUCAGAAUGUUUGAAAAACUUUCCAUAUAAAAGUAAAUUAACAAAACACAUGAGAAUUCAUACAGGAGAGAAACCUUAUCAGUGUUCUGAGUGUCUGAGAGGCUUUGCACAAAAAUAUGAUCUAAAGAAACAUAUGAGAAUUCAUACCGGAGAGAAACCUUAUCAGUGUUCCGAGUGUCUGAAACAGUUUUCAGAAAAUUCUUCUUUAGUCACACAUAUGAGAAUUCAUACAGGAGAGAAACCUUAUCAGUGUUCUGAGUGUCUGAGAGGCUUUGCACAAAAAUAUGAUCUAAAGAAACAUAUGAGAAUUCAUACCGGAGAGAAACCUUAUCAGUGUUCUGAGUGUCUGAAACAGUUUUCAGAAAAUUCUUCUUUAGUCAAACAUAUGAGAAUUCAUACAGGAGAGAAACCUUAUCAGUGUGCUGAAUGUCUGAGAGGCUUUGCACGAAAAUAUAAUCUAAAGAAACAUAUGAGAAUUCAUACAGGAGAGAAACCUUAUCAGUGUUCUGAGUGUCUGAAACAGUUUUCAGAAAAUUCUUAUUUAGUCAAACAUAUGAGAAUUCAUAGAGGAGAGAAACCUUAUCUGUGUUCUGAGUGUCUGAGAGGCUUUGCACAAAAAUAUGAUCUAAAGAAACACAUGAGAAUUCAUACCGGAGAGAAACCUUAUCAGUGUUCUGAGUGUCUGAAACAGUUUUCAGAAAAUUCUUCUUUAGUCAAACAUAUGAGAAUUCAUACAGGAGAGAAACCUUAUCAGUGUGCUGAAUGUCUGAGAGGCUUUGCACAAAAAUAUGAUCUAAAGAAACAUAUGAGAAUUCAUACCGGAGAGAAACCUUAUCAGUGUUCUGAGUGUCUGAAACAGUUUUCAGAAAAUUCUUAUUUAGUCAAACAUAUGAGAAUUCAUACAGGAGAGAAACCUUAUCAGUGUGCUGAAUGUCUGAAAGGCUUCUCAAGAAAUUGUGACCUACAGAUACAUAUGAUAAUUCAUACAGGCCAGAAACCUUAUCAGUGUUCUGAGUGUUUAAGACAUUUUUCAUAUAAAUCCUCUUUCAUAAAACAUAAUAGAAUUCAUACUGAAGAAAAACCAUUUCAGUGUUCAGAAUGUCAUCAAGGCUUUUCUAAAAGUUAUCUUCUAAUAAGACACAAGGAAGUUCUCUCAGAAAAACAUUUCCACUGUGUAAAAUGCAUGAAACACUUUAAAGAAAAAGAGAGUUUAAUAUUACAUGUAGAGAGAUGUUACCAGACUGACCAAGUGGUUAACUCUAAUCACUAUGAAGGUGAAAGUUGCCAGGAUUUGCACCAUGAUUUGAGCUUGUCUAGCCAACCAACAGUGGAGAUGUGUGUUUCUGAAGGAGUGAAAAAGGAAACUAAUUAUGAUCCACUCUCAGUUAUUUGUGAGACAGAAGCUUCACCAGGGCCUGAGAUAAUUGACCAAUCUUCUUUAAAGAUGGAGUGCCAGGAAGAAAUAGAUAUUGUUAAGGAAGAAUUCUGAAACUGUUGUUGAAAACUGGGUCCCAUAGGCAUGACUGCCCAUUAUAAUAGGCUGGCCAAAGAGAGUAGUCAUCUAGAAAAAAUUAAGUCUUUUUUGGUAAUAGCAGGAACCCACGUUAGAUAAGUUGUAUUGAGGGUGCCAAACAAAUUGUGGGUGGAUGCCCCACUCAGUUUUGGGUUGAGGGUUACAUACAAGGUCACAAAAGUCAAAAAUUUAAUUUUUUAAUUUCAAUGGUGGCUCUAUGUAACUGUGUUUAAAUGCAUAUCAUUAGCACAUAAAGCAUAUUGUUGUAAUUUUAUUGAUAAUAAAUGAAUGGAACUAUGA